AGGUGUGUGGUGCAGCAGCCUGUUUGGCGACUACAAGGAAGCCAUACGUGAGUCAGUGGUGGGAGCCUGGGAGCGUCCCAUCAAAUCUGGGGUCUACCUCAGCCUUUUGGGGGGCGCUUGGGCCUGCUUCUACACAAACCCUGAGGAGGGCUCCUUUGAGACCAGCCUGAAGGAGAUGACCAACCAACUGGGCCUCCUCUCGCCGUGGAUUCGCAAUGGUCUGUCAGACGGCCACAUGCAGAAGCUAGUAAAGCUCCAAAACCAGGGUUGCCUGCGCCAUGUCAGCCUGGGAGUGGCAUCACUGACCUACAGGGCUGACUAUGACCCAGACUCCAGCUUGUACGAGGCGCGCUGCUCGGCGUUAUCAGUGCCCUGGCGUGAGCUGCCCGACCGGAUGCUGGACGUGGGUUUCGCUGGCCGCUGGUGGGUGCUGGACAACAAGAUGAAGGACUAUGACGUGAACGACGAGGAGUUCCGUCACCUGCCGCCGGCGCUCUUUGCCACGGUGCCACCGGCGCCACAGGUGACGGAGCUCAACGAGCAGAUGCACAAGGACUCCUGGAAGCCCAUCGCCAUGCAGGAGGACGAGGAGGGAGAGGCUGAGGGCCGCCGAGGAGGGAGAGGGAGAGGGAGUGGAGGGGACCCAGAGUGAGGCUGUGGGACUGACUCAGGAACAGGCUCAGACAUAAAUCUGUCCCCCAGAGGAUGUACCGAGGAGGAAAUGCUAUCUGUUGACUCACCUGCUGACUAAUUUUACAGACUAACAUGAGGGCAAAUGUGAAGAGUUGUACUCAUCCUCAUAUUGAGAGAGAGAGAGAGAGACUUCAAAUAACCUAUAGGGCAAUAUGGAAGAGUAUUCUUACCAUGCAGUCUGUCAGCAGAAAAUGUGGAAAUGUGAGCGCAAAGCAAAAUACUGACUAUAUUUCAUUACCUGACAUUUUCCAUAUAAUGUUGUGUCAUAACAGUCAUUGUAAUGGGAUUUCGGUUUCUUCUGUCAUUUACAAAAAUGUCAACUUCUGCUGUGCAGCUUCAACCGUUUUGCUAGCUACCAGUCGAUGUCAGAUUAAUUCUAUGGGUCAAGAAAGCAGAUGGUAGCUGUAAUGUACCCUUUCUCUAAAAUGAGGAGAGGAGGAGAUGCUGGUGUAAGAGUUGGAAUUGGAAUUGGAGGAGGAACCCAAUAAAGUAUCUCACAAAAAGCAGAAUUUUACAAUGCUUCUGUAUUCCAGAAUUCUAUGACCUAUGUCAGGCAGUUUGUUGAGGAUCAUGUUGUUUAUCAAAUGUUUCACCAUCUUUAAAUGAAGUAUAAUUGAUAUGAUUUUGAGCAAUAUGCCCCUCACAGUGUGACUACAAGUCUUCCAUAUGACUUUUAUCAAUGGAUCUUAACUGCCUGAAUUAAAUACUGGCUUAAACGAGA